AUGAAAAAACAAAUUAUUUUUUACAAAGGACUUCCUCCUGAAGGGGCUCUCGUGAAAUGGUUUAAACCAGAGCAUCAUGGCAUACUCAUUUUGGAUGAUUUAAUGGAAGAAUCGGGGAGUGAUAAGCGUGUGUUAGAUUUAUUUACAAAAGAUUCUCACCAUCGAGGCAUUACCGCUCUUUAUAUUACACAAGAUCUGUUUCCCCCGGGCAAGUUUGCGAAAACCAUUAACCGCAAUGCACACUAUGUGAUUUGUUUUAAAUCACCCAGGGAUAAGACAGGUAUUCGACAUUUACUGCUUCAGGUGUACCCUGAAAAAUGGCGUCAAGUACUCAAAUUGUUUUUAAAGCUGACCUCCCGUCCUUUUGGGUAUUUUAUGUUGGAUUUACAUCCUGCCUCAGAUGACUGUUUUCGCAUUUGGAGUCAUUUAACCAAAGAAGAGGGAGCUACGCGUGUUCAUACCUUUGACGAAGAUAUAAAUAGCCGUUCACUCUCAAACAAACGCCAAUUUAAACAUGAAACGAAAAGGACACCCAAAAAGAAGAAAAGGUAA